CCCUGCCUGAGGCGCCGCGCGGCUCCCGACCCCCGCGGUGGGCCGGGGCGGCCUCGCGGAGCCCAUCGCUGGCACGAUGAGGCCGUGCCGGGCCGGGGCGGCAGGCUGGGGCUCGGUAGCUGCGCUGGUUGUGCUGGCGGUGCUGGUGGCGGCCGUCUUCCUCCUGGUGCUGGGCCCGGACGGGGACGCUGCCCUUCCCGCGAGGACUAAAUACGGAAUUGUGUUUGAUGCUGGCUCCACGCACACGGCUCUCUACAUCUACCAGUGGCCUGCGAACAAGGAGAAUGGCACAGGCAUUGUCAGCCAGGUGGAAACCUGCACUGUGAAUGGAUCUGGCAUCUCCAGCUACGCAGAUGACCCCGCUGGGGCUGGAGCCAGCCUGAAGCCCUGCCUGGACAAGGCCAUGACGAUCAUCCCUGCAGGGCAGCAGCGGGACACCCCCACCUACCUGGGGGCCACAGCGGGCAUGCGGCUGCUGAGGGAGCAAAAUAGCACAAAAGCUGAGCAGGUCUUCGCUGAGGUCACCAAGGCCAUUCGAGAGUACCCAGUGGACUUCCGUGGAGCUCAGAUCCUCACAGGGAAUGAGGAGGGCACCUUUGGCUGGAUCACUGUCAACUACCUGCUGGGGACACUCAUCAAGUGUUCCUUCACAGGCAAGUGGACCCACCCACCAGUUGAGGAUGCUGUUGGAGCUUUGGACCUUGGUGGGGCUUCCACCCAGAUCACAUUUCUUCCUGGGACCACCAUAGAUGACAGCAACACAAGAGCUCUCCUCAGACUGUAUGGGACCAACUACUCAAUUUACACCCACAGCUACCUUUGCUAUGGACAAAGGCAAGCCCUGAAGAGGCUGAUGGCAUCUUUACACCAGGGCAACCUAUCUUCCCAGCACAUAUCUCACCCCUGCUACCCCAGGGGAUACCAGGAGAACGUCACCAUGGCAGAGCUCUACAACAGCCCCUGUGUCCCCACACCAAGCACACCCAGCCCUGCACAGGUCCUCAUGGUAACGGGGACAGGGGACCCAGCGGCAUGCAGCACUGCCAUGCAGAAACUCUUCAACUUCACCUGUGGGACCAACAGGACGUGCGGGUUCAAUGGGGUUUAUCAGCCGCCUGUGCGGGGCCAGUUCUUUGCCUUUUCAGGGUUUUAUUACAGCCUUCGCUUUCUGAACCUGACUGGAGAGCAGUCCCUGAACUCAGUCAAUGACACUCUCUGGAAAUUCUGCACCAGGAAUUGGAAGAAGCUGCAGGAGGAGUUCCCCACUGUGAACAGGUCCCACCUCCGUGAUUCCUGUGCAGCCAGCUCCUACACCCUCACCCUCCUGCUGCAAGGCUACAAAUUCAACCACAAGACGUGGCAGAACAUCCACUUCCACCAGCAGGUCUCAAACGUAGAUGUGGGCUGGACUCUGGGCUAUAUGCUCAAUCUCACCAACAUGAUUCCCCCGGAGACCCCCCAGAGCGUCAUAGGGCUCCCAAGAAGCAACUGGAUAGCAGCCACGGUCUUGCUGGCCGUCAUGCUGGUUCUCACCUUCUGCCUGUUCGUGGCUAUAUGCUACCAGAAGAACUACUCUGAUUAUGAGAGCCUCUAGCAGUGCUGGCUGCAGAGGCUGCUGCAGCCACCUGGUCCUGCUGCCAACCUUGUGCAAGGAGCUGCCAGUGGGGGAAUGGACCCCAUAUCCCAGAGCUGCAAACUUACAAUGUGGGGCACCUGUGUCAUGGCCUAGUAAACUGGAAGCAGCACAGGCCUUAAAAACAAAUAAACAAUCAAACAAACAAACAAAAA